AGUAGUACUUAUUAUUUUUUCAAAUUUCACAACUUUUAUAGUACAUCCAAACACCCUCUUAUUUUCUCUAAUAAAUUUUCUCUGACAAAGCUCAAUUGCUAAAUCAAGAAGUUUCCUUUUUGAAAUGGAGGUGGUACAAGUACUACAACAACGGUGGAGAUUAAGGUGGUCAUUCAAGAAUGCUACAAUUAUUGUCACUUUGUUCAAUAUCAUUGCUGCCCUUUUUCUACUUCACACCUUCUUCUUCUCUUCCAACAAACCAUCUUCAGUUGAAAGGUAUAUAACAGAAGCAGAAGAGAUUCGACGUGCUAUGUUGCCUUUGGAGCUAAUUAAAAGAGUGAAGGAAAUUCAGAAAGAAGCAUAUGUCGAACCAGAUCCUGUCCAACAGAAGGAUGCAAAGCAGACUGCUGCAGUAGACCUCAUAUCUAGACUGAAUAAUUAUCGGUCAUAUUCAGAUUCAGGCAGCGUGAAAGUUGUGGAGGAAUGGCGUAAACGAAAGAUGGAAAGAGCCAGGCAGCGCGAACUUGAAAAGAACGGAACCACCUUGUAACGUAACAGUCUGAAAUCUUUGAGGGGGGUUUGAGAACAUCAGGUGUAUAUGUGUGUGCUAUAAUUGUAUAACAGAUAUGUCUAUUGAUCAUGUAUCAUUUUAGCUUUAUAUUUGUCUUAACCUGGGAAAACUGCUUCUGCUCUUAGAAGCAGCAAAACCUUGUAGUUUGUCCUCAACAGGAGAAAAGUUGUUUAUGUGCUACUCAACCAAGGUAGUAUUUGUUAUCUUCCAAAAACUUGGUCAAUUGGAUUGUCUGUCAUAUCAACAGUGUAUAUUUGUCCAGUUAGUUGAAAUGUCAGCAUCUAAUUAGCAUUUA